UUCAUCAUUCUCUACGCUGGCAAAUGUUACCAAGUCGGUUAUGUUGUAGUAAACCCGGCAAGGCGGCAGCUCUCCGUCAUACCAUGAGACCCGGGGCAGCCCAUCAUUUGCUCUUAAUGUGGUAAUGAUACGUGUUCAUAGACGAUCCAGCUCAUUGCCUCGUAACAUGGCUUGUUUACUAGGCGCAAAUCACAGUCUCUCAUUAUUAUCCAUCAGACGCCGGUACAUGAGGCAUACAAAUAGCAAUCUGCACGGAGAGCUCAGCGCCCGGAGAGGAUGAGCCUACCUUCAGUACACCGGCUUCUGACCGCAUGGCCACGACAUGAGGCAUUAGUGUCUAUUACUGCUUUCUCAUUCAAUCCACUCCCCCUUUCCAGAGGGUAGGGGCAAAAUAAACGCGCACACCCAUCCGAUCGCCGUGGAAAACAAGUAGCCGGCUGCCCCCCCCCGCUCCCCAGCCUCCUGUCACAUCCUACACCUGACGGGAUCCGCUGCGGACUCCAAGUGCCGGUCCCGCGGAUCCGCGUGAACUCCCUCCGGAACCGGGCCUCCGCGGGGCACCAUGAGAGAUGGGCCAGGCGUGCGGACACUCUUUCCUGUGCCGGAGCCAGCAGUAUCAACCGGCGGCGUCGGAGAUAAGGGGGCAGCAAGUAUUCCUGAGGGGAGAGGACCCACUGUCGCAUUCGGACGCCUUUCAGGAUGCUUUGCUCCGGCUCGCCUCCAUCACUGAAGCCAGUUCCCUGCGGGAUGUCAUUAAGGAGGUUCUGGAGGCAGUUCUACCCAAAGUCGAGAGCGUGUUCAUCUACCUUCUGGAUGUGGAGAGCGGUCGGCUGCUGUGUGACAACCCGCCACACGCUCUGCUGGCUGAGGGGAAGCUCAGGGAGAUGGUGACCCAGCAGAGGAGGGUGCAAUGUGCUGGGCUCCCCCCCUCGGAGCUGCAGGAGAGGCAGAGGAGCAGCUUGGCCACGCCCCUGGCACCUGACAAAAGAGUGUUGAUCAUCCCGCUUGUGGACCAGGACCAGGCGCUCGUCAUCGCCGUCAUCUUGGUGAGUGGCUUGUACCUCCGUUGCUAUGGCUUCCAGAGUCCCUGGCCUCCCCACCCCCGACAGCAGCCUGAGAAUGGAGACACCAUCUUGGGAGGGAGUAUCACCGUCCAACCAGGAGGUCACAAUAGGGUGGAGAAGAAGGGCCUGACCCAGCAUCUCCUGGACUGUUCAUGUCUGCUGGCUUUGAGCAGCGUGUGGGACAAUCAUAUGCUCUCUGUGUCCCCAGGUGAGCUGUAUGACCUAGACGCUGCUUCCCUCCAGCUUAAAGUCAUCAAUUAUCUGCAACAGGAGACCCAGUCACUCUGCUGCUGUCUGCUGCUAGUGUCAGAGGACAACCACCAGCUUUUCUGUCAGGUGGUUGGCGACAGGGUUCUGGAGGAGGAAAUCAGCUUCCCUCUGAUGUUUGGCCGCUUUGGUCAGGUGGUGGAGAAGAAGAAGAAGAUUACUCUGCAGGAUGUCAGUUCGGAGGAACACCGGCAGCUGAACAGCAUGCUGGGAUUCGAGGCCCAGUCCAUGCUGUGUGUCCCUGUCAUCAGCCGCGCCACCUCCCAAGUGGUGGCCCUGGCCUGCACCUUCAACAAGAGGGGUGGGCAGAAGUACACGGAGGAGGAUGAACAGAAGAUCCAGCACUGCUUCUGCUACACAUCCACCGUACUGACCAGCACCCUGGCUUUCCAGAAGGAGCAGAAGCUGAAGUUCGAGUGCCAGGCUCUGCUGCAGGUUGCCAAAAACCUCUUCACCCACCUAGACGACGUUUCCGUGCUGCUGCAGGAAAUCAUAGUGGAGGCCCGGAACCUGAGCAAUGCAGAGAUCUGCUCCGUGUUCCUGCUGGACAGAGUGAGUCACGAGCUGGUGGCCAAGGUCUUCGAUGGCGGGGUGGUGAAUGACGACGAGAAAGAGUUCCGUAUCCCCGCUGACCAGGGCAUCGCUGGUCAUGUGGCCACUACAGGGAAGAUCCUGAACAUCAAGGACGCCUAUUCACACCCGCUGUUCUACCGCGGCGUGGACGACAGCACCGGGUUCCGCACGCGCAACAUCCUCUGCUUUCCCAUCAAGGACGAGAAUAAUGAGGUCAUCGGAGUGGCUGAGCUUGUCAAUAAGACCAAUGGACCAUGGUUCAGCAGGUUCGAUGAGGACCUGGCCACUGCAUUCUCCAUAUACUGUGGGAUCAGUAUUGCUCAUUCUCUCCUGUACAAGAAGGUACACGAGGCUCAGUACAGGAGUCGCCUGUCCAACGAGAUGAUGAUGUACCACAUGAAGGUGUCAGAUGAAGAAGUGAUCAAACUACUUUCCAAUGGGAUCGAACCUGUGGAUGAGAUAGACCCCAGUUUCGCCGAGUUCACCUACACCCCGCGAUCACUGCCGGAUGACAGCACACCUACAAGCAUCCUAAGCAUGUUUGAAGACAUGGGUUUCCUCAACACCUACAAGAUUGACCUGCACACUCUGGCCAGGUUCUGCCUGAUGGUGAAGAAGGGCUACCGGGACCCUCCCUACCACAACUGGAUGCAUGCCUUCUCCGUCUCCCACUUCUGUUACCUCCUUUACAAGAACCUGCAGCUGGCCAACUACCUCGAGGACAUUGAGAUCUUCGCCCUCUUCGUGUCCUGCAUGUGCCACGAUCUGGACCAUCGAGGGACUAACAACUCCUUCCAGGUGGCCUCGGAAUCGGUGUUGGCAGCCCUGUACAGCUCAGAAGGUUCUGUGAUGGAGAGACACCACUUUGCCCAGGCAAUUGCCAUUCUGAACACCCACGGCUGCAACAUCUUUGACAAGUUCUCCAGAAAGGACUACCAGAGAAUGCUGGACCUCAUGAGGGACAUUAUCCUGGCCACGGACUUGGCUCAUCACCUUCGAAUCUUCAAGGACCUGCAGAAGAUGGCGGAUGCGGGUUACAGCCCCAAGAACCACAACCACCGCAGCCUCCUCCUCUGUCUGCUCAUGACCUCCUGCGACCUCUCAGACCAGACCAAAGACUGGAAGACCACCAGGAAGAUAGCGGAACUCAUCUACAAGGAAUUCUUCUCCCAGGGAGACUUGGAAAAGGCUAUGGGAAACCGGCCCAGUGAGAUGAUGGAUAGGGAGAAGGCCUACAUUCCAGAACUUCAGAUCAGCUUCAUGGAGCACAUUGCAAUGCCCAUCUACAAACUACUUCAGGAUAUAUUCCCGCGAGCGUCGGAGCUGUACGACAGAGUGUCCGCCAAUCGUGAGCAGUGGACCAAGGUCUCCCACAAGUUCACCAUUCGCGGGUUGCCGAGCAACAACUCGCUAGACUUCUUAGACGAGGAAUACGAGCUGCUGCGGGCGCAGGAGGCGUCGAGCGAGGACGCGCACAGGAUGAACGGCUGCGUGGAUGCGGACGCGGAGUGACACGCGGUGCGGAACCGGGCGCGUCCCGUACCGGUGCCAAUAGAGAUACUGCCACAAGACAGCCGUCUGCGACCGCAGAGCGAAUGUUAAGUUCUCAAGAUGUUAAUAGUGUAAAUCAGUGGUGGCUUUUUCUGACAUUAUAUCUUGUGUCGUUCUUCAUUAUGGUGAUGUCUCAGGAUGGUAAUUCCAGUUCUGUAAAUCUGAAGUGUGUGUUUAUUCCACUUUUAAACGGCAAGAUGUGGCGGCCGGAGGUCCCGUGUCUUUUUAUUGUACAGAAUACGAAAAGCAUACAUUUCAGGGUCCGUUUACUUUUGUGAAUUUGUACACGUACAUUAAAAUGAAACAUUUCGAGCUGAACAUCUAGAGAUGUGCACAGUAUAGAGCAGCUUGAAAACAUAGAUAAACAAAGAUAGACUUAAAACCUGGGGUUUCCCCUGAUUAUCAGUUAUUACGGCAUUACUACGACAUAGUGAUCGUGUUACAUUUUAGUAUGGAUCUUUAACGAUCGGAUUGUUUUAGAGAACAUCACUUUUUGUAUUUUUCAUACAUUAUUAUACAUUCAAGAGAAUUUACAUUUAAGAGAAUUUAACUCCUGUGCCAUCUUUCACGUAAACCUUUAGUACUGAAAACGUGAAUUUGUUUGUUUUCGUUGCUUAUUGAUGCACACAUCUGCCGAAUACAUUUUUCUUACCUCCUAACCAACACAAAAAGUAGGCAAGUAGGGAAGGGAGUUACAUUAUUGUUCUUGCUCUUACAGUACACCGGGUUUGUGCAUUUUGUACUCGUUAGUCAUACGCGUUAACAUUUAUCUUCUUUUGGUUUGCUAAAACCACUCAGUGCGACGAAAGCCCUUUAAAAACCUCCUUUAACGUUGAUACCAGCACAUAUUGCACAGUGAUAAUAAGGUGUCAUCCUAUAGAGCAGCGAUGACAUCACCAUCACAUGUGGCGUCGGGCGACACUGACCCACACGCAGAAAAAACGUACGUCAGCUUUACUAGGCACGCGGAUGUGUACAUAUAUUUAUGAGGAUAAGGGCUAUGACGCUCUUUGAGGCAUCACUAGUCAGUACCGAAGCCUGACAAAUUGUGUAUUAUAUUGAUUUGCCUUAUAUCUCAGUUGCCUUUAGUAAGACGUCUUACUAUGUAUGAAAUAUACUUUUACAAUGUACCAAUGUACACUUUCUGUUGGCGCGGGUAGGUACUGUAAGCCUCCAUGCAGUGUUAUAAAAAAAUCCCAGUGAAUUUAAACCUUUACAAAUGCUAUGUAAUUUAAAAAAAACUAAAUGAAAUUUAGCGCGAAACACUUCCAGAUUAAGAAAUACUACUGAUAUUUUCCAUUCAGGUAAACUGGUCGCGCUAAUUUCAUAAUGAUGCGUGUGGUAAGACUGGGAUUUCGAUGCUGUAGGCCCUUUGGCACCUUAUAAAUCCCUAUAGGUAUUAAAUCUUAUCAUAACUACUCCCAUGCUUAACUGAGAACAUGUGUCACUACUGUACGACAUUGUCACGACAUUACAGCUGUUAAUAUAUGGUCAUUACCAGAAUAACGGGAUUAUUGAAAUUGUACAUAGAAUUUCAAUUGUUUGAAUCAGAUUCAGGUAGAUCUCAAAGAAUAUGCUCCUGUACUUUCAUACUUGUGGGUUCAGCUUUGAUUUUAGUCCAAACUCGGUUUUUCUGAUUCAUUUGGCCUCGUUAUGUGUAAUCACGCGUUUUCCCUUGUGCAAUAUAACGUUAAUUGCUGCUUUCGUGGGUGUGUCGUGUACUCCGAUGUAAAUAUGGUUUGUUUUUAAAUUAUUCAUUUUCGAGUAUUUUCAUUUAUGAAAUAUAUAUAUUCUGGUAUUUGUAAGUUUAUAUCUAUCUAUACAUGUUAGCUUCAAAUUAUUUUCCGCCCUUAAACGUACAGGAUGUUGUUGUGCCAAUCUCUGAAAGGGUUUGUACAUGGAGAUUUUGAACCUGUACCGAGUGUCUAAUUGUUCUAAGUGGCAAAUAUACAUACAUGUAAAUAGUAAUGAAAUGUUUCUCAGUUAUACAUGCUUAUAAUAAAACUAUCAGACAGGAA